CACUACUAUUAUUUUAUUUGACAAGUUGAAACGUUCGAUUUAAAUUUCUCGUUUUUUUCGAACAACAAAGAUUUGCAUAUUUGUAUAAAAGUGGACCUAAAUUGGUAUUAUUUACUAAUCUUUUAUUGGCAUCAAUUAUAUAUUUGGUUGUGUUAUUUCAAAUUGUUGAGAAUGUCUGGUAUUGGUAUUAACGGUUUUGGACGCAUUGGCCGCAUAUUUUUGCGUGAGGCUCUUCGGCGAAAGGACGUUCAGGUGGUCGCAGUAAAUGAUCCAGCCAUGGAUCCCAAAUACAUGGCCUAUAUGCUGCGAUAUGACUCCGUUCAUGGUAUUUUCAAUCAGAAGAUUUCACUUGAAGGCGAUCAGUUGGUGAUAAAUGGUAAGAAAAUGCAAGUGACCUUUGAGGCGGACCCAAAGAAACUCUGCUGGACAGAAAAGGGUGUGCACACUGUUGUCGAGUGCACGGGACGAUUUACCACUAUCAAAGCGUGCCAGGAUCAUCUGGAUGCCGGUGCCAAAAAAGUUGUUAUAUCGGCUCCAUCCGCCGAUGCACCUAUGUUUGUUUGCGGCGUUAAUCUGGACAAAUACAAGCCUGAGAUGAAGGUUAUAUCGAAUGCAUCUUGCACAACCAAUUGUCUCGCCCCAAUUGCCAAGGUUGUGCACGAAAAUUUCGAAAUUGUCGAAGGUCUUAUGACGACAGUUCAUGCGUGCACGGCCACGCAGCUGAUACUUGAUGGUUCCAGUAGAAAAGCCUGGCGUGAUGGUCGAAGUGGCAUGGUGAACAUAAUUCCCGCCAGCACAGGCGCCGCCAAGGCUGUUGGUAAAGUGAUUCCCGAUCUAAAUGGUAAACUAACUGGCAUGGCUUUUCGAGUUCCUGUCCCAAAUGUUUCUGUCGUGGAUUUAACAUGUCGUCUGGGCUGUGCAGCUAAGAUGGAUCAAAUCAAAGAGGUUAUUAAAGCAGCUGCAAAGGAUGAAAUGGAGAAUAUACUGGGAUACACAGAGGACGAAGUGGUGUCGAGCGACUUCAAUGGAUCGCGUUUUGCUUCCGUUUUUGACGCCAAAGCGUCUAUAUCGCUAAACGAUAAUUUUGUAAAACUGAUAAGCUGGUAUGAUAACGAGACUGGAUACUCAUGUCGCCUCUUAGAUUUAGUUAUUUUCUCUCAAAUGAUGGACAAGUGUUCCGAAGAUGAAAAGAAGCGAAAAGCCGAGAAGGGGAAAGACUCUAAAUGCAAGAAGUGAAAUCGUUAAAAUUAAAUAAUUUAUGUAGCAUAAAGUACACUUAAAAUUACACAAUUAAACUACACUGGAGUUACGUUGAAACUGAAC